GGCAGCAGGGAGGGCGGGCAGAAGGCUCCGCCGGCUGCGCGCGGCUGGAAAGCGCUCUUUGCUCUGGGCUCCACAACGGCGCGGCGCCAGGGCGCGAGGUGCGUCGCGGUUGCAGCCCGGCCCGGGGGAGAGAGAUGGGCCUCGGGGAGGCCGGACAGAGACCACAAAGCCCUGUUCUUGAUGUAAAGGCUGUUCAAGAAAACUGGAUAACCCAAACAAUCCCUUUAGCUGAAGACCAUCUACCAAAAACCCGAGGAGGAGGAGAAGAAAUAGAACAAGAAGAACAAGAAGAAGAAAUACACGAAACAUUACUUCCAAAAAUGGAGCCAGACACCAAAGACCUUCUCAUUAGCUUCGCUGAAAACAUAGGCCCCAAAUAUGAAGAACAGAAUGGACAAGAAGGAGAACUGAACUUUGAGGUCCAAGGCGACACGUAUCUUGACUUUGGGCACUCUGGUCAGAAGGCCGGAAUAGAAUGGAGAAUGAUGGAUCCCUCAGGAGAAGAAUCCAGAAUGGAAGCAAGUUCCAUAAAUAGAAGCGAGGACCUCUGGACACCCCCACCAGACAGAGAAUCCAAGCUGGAAGUGGUCAGUCUGGGCUCACUCUACAAUGUCCGGGCUUAUAAAGGGGAGAAGAAGCCUUCCAGACUUUAUGAUGAAGAGGAGGAAGAGGAGGAGCGAUAUAAGAUCCCCCCUGAGGACCUCUCGCCCGAGAUAGCGAAAGAACUUGACGAUGAAAGGCGGGAAGUUAUCAAGAGCCAAGUGGUGAGGAAGAGCACCACCAUGGCGGUACGGUGGAAUUCCAUGGACGAGUUGGAGGCCAUCAACGCCGCCGUGCCUGACAGGGAGGCCCCCGAGGCUAGAAGGAGCUAUUACACAGGGUUUGCCACGUGUUUCGACAACCCUUCCCCCAGCUGGGUGAGCAGCCCUGUUGAUCCUGAAAACAUAGACACCGAGCAGAUCAAUUUUGCUGCUGCCCGCCAGCAGUUCCUUGUGCUGGAGAAGGCGAAUCCAAAGCUGUUGAUGGGUCCCAAGAAAAAGGCCGUGUCUCCAAGGGGACCACAGGCGGCAAAGGAGGUUUAUGGGAGAGAAGAAUGCCUGCGCCCUGUGGUUCUGAAACAGGAGGGUGGCAGCUCUGGUGGCUAUAACCAGAGAGAACCGGCCGGGUCUAAUGAGAGGGCAGAGUUUCUCAUCCCCCAGAGAAGAGGAACCACUUCUUACGGUCAAGUCGCAAGAGGUCAAAACUCCUCUGCAGAAAAUCUGGCUUCCAGCUUGGGGGAAACACCCCUUGACGUACAUAUUGUGACUGCUGAUGGAAAGGCAUCCCUGGCAAUGCCUGGUGUCCCUCUGGAUUCGUUGGCCGGCGGCCAUGAUCCAGCCAAAGAACCGGAGGCCAGCAGCGAGACGCCCAUUGAGCGGGAAAUCCGAUUGUCCAUGGAGCGGGAGCAGGACUUUUGGAAAGAGCGGGGGAUCCACCGAGUGCACAGCAGAGAUGAACUGGUGGAGAUCCGAGCCAAGCCGCUUCUCUCGUCCCCGGUCGCUUCUCCGACUUCCUCCAGGAAAGGGAAGGAGAAGCCUCGUGUUUCCUUUUAUGUCCAGCGGGAGAUUGAGCAGGAAACCAAGCGUGAGGAGAACUUCCAAAAGGAAGGGAGGCUGCUGGGAACGUAUGACAGGGGUGGUGGUCAGCAGCUGGCAGAUCGCCGGAAGGUCUUUGAGCUGGAGGAGGAAACCCAAGAAACUCCGUGCAAACCCCCGAAACUGGGAGAGCUACGGAGCCUCCCGAAUGGUGAGUCCAGCCCAGCCCGCCGCAGCGUUACCACAGACUCACAUGACGGAGGAAGAAUCGCUAAGCAGGACGUGAACUGGGAUUCUCUGGCACGGCGGCCGCCUUCUGCUCCAGAUGCCGGCAAACGACGACCAGGGAACGAAUCGCCCUUCUUGAGCCAACGCUCCACCGCUUCUGACUGGCAGAUGGAUUCUCCCAGACUAAGACAGUCUGACACUCGGGGAUUGAAAGUUCCGGGAGAAGAAAGCGCGCUACGGAAGGAACAUUUCGCCAUUCCGGUUCAGAAGCUCCGGUUCUCUGUUUCUGACGACCGGGGACCGCCUAGCACCCAAAGACGAGAACAGAGGCCUGAGUGGGCCGCUCCCCGGGAGGACCUGUAUACUCUGAAGUCGUGGAGGCCCCGGACCUCAGCCCUGAUCGACCAGGAGAUCCAGGAUGCUUUGCAAAGGGAACUGGAGCUUCAGGAACAGCGGAGGAAGGCCAGGCUGGUCCCUGAGAUGGGCCCAAGCUCUCGGUUGUCGUCUCGAAGCUCGGCCACUUCAGGCGUUUCUGGCAACUACUCUGUGUCUACUUCGCCCGUUUUCGCCCCCAAUUCACCCACAAAGUUAUUCGCUUCGCCUUCGCCGGACAAAGCCUGCUUAAGGAAGUCGUCCUUGGAAUCCAACAUGAGAACUUGCCAGAGUCCACCGAUGAGACAGAGAGAAGGAGGAAAGUAUGCUGGCAUUGAACUCAGCGAUGAAAUUGACACAGAGGUUGUGAACUCCACCAAAGUGAUUUGCCGGAGGGGAGUCCUUGCUCAGCUUUGGGAGACCGGACAAAUCCGCAGAAUAGACAGCGACAGCGACUGAUCCGAAUGGGCCGCCCUUCUCGGGCCCUUGAAAAGAAAUGCUUCAGGCUGCAGAGGCUACCGGGCUCUCCUCGGCUUUGGGUGCUUUGAUUCCCUCCCCGCUUUUAUCUUGUGUGUUUGGGACUUUUCAGCAGUGGGGUCUUGCCAACCAAUCUGUGCCACUUUGGGGACUGCGAAUGUGGGUUGAGUUUGCUUAUAAGAGGCAAGGCCCCAAAUCUAAACGGCACCACUGCCUUGGUCCUUGCAACAGAGUCCUGCCUUGCAAACGAGGGCCGGAACAGUCUCUUCUCUUUCCCACGAGGUGGACCCUGCCUGCCACGGCUGCAUCUUUAGACUUUGGUGGCAGCCGGCAGCCACACGCUGGCACAUGACAUCCUUAAAGCAGAGCUCGCAUUUCCACGCCAGCUUUUAGACCCAGCGCCUCUCAAUGCAGCGCCGCCUUGAAGAAAAGGUGUGGUGGCAAAGAACCGCAACACGCCCGUGAGGACAGGAUCUCCGUGGGAUGGGCGCGUUAGGUCCCCCUCUGUCCCAACUUACGAGCUGGCUUCUAGGAAGACCUAGAUGGCUCUGAAGUUUGCGCACCAAAUGUAGCGUGAUCUCCUUUCUCCCCAAGAACGUCUUGUUCUGCACAGCCCUGAGUGGCAGGGUGUUUCAGUCCGGCCUCCCGCAAUCCAGGACUCUCCAGCUGGGUUGGACUACAACGCCUGUCAUCCCCAGCCAGCAGCACCCAGAGGGCUCCUUGUGUACAAGCUGAGCAGGGGUGCACCUGGACUGGCAGCCCUGGUCUUUCGAGCAACAGGAACAUCCCCAAAAGCCAACUGGAGGCAUUUGCGACACCCACAACCCCCCCCCCCACACACACACCCAUCUCUGAUGGCUGCAUGUUUCCAGGCCUGCUGCAAAAUGUCACCACGUGUUGCUUUUUCCCUCUUAUCUGCCCCAAGCUGAACUGAAACUCAACAGCUUUUGCCAGCCUCCAACUAACCAGGUAGCGAGCAUAUUUCCCCCUGAUAUGUAUAGCCAUCAUGGCUACUAGCUGUUGCUAGCCUUAUCCUCCAUGAAGUCAACUCUUAAGUGCCUUUGCAGUCUCCAGCAUCUGUUGGUGUAAAAGGAGACGUCCAGCACCAAGCGUCCUCUGCCAAGACCCCACACUGCAGACUUCGAUCCAGGGCUCCGUGGACCGCCGUCCCAUCCCAGCUGGAGACAAGGCCAGCGAGAAGGGACGCUCAUUGAGAGGUGGGCCCAUGGAGAGAUCUCGCGCAAUGGACCUCCGAAAGGUGGAGCCAGCCCUGGCCAUUGCUGCCCGUCAGAGCAGACGUUGCUAGGUUACGUGGGUAAACCACCUGAUCCGGGACAAGUCGUCUGCCGUGGUUCCUUCCUGCCAAACGAUCCCUUGGCCUGGCUUUGCCUCCUGACAAAACAGCCUGCGCGGAGGGUGCAGGGGAAUCAUUGGCUGCCUCCCUGUUGUGCAAUCGGAUCAGGACUUGUCUCACCCGGCUUCCUUCGCAUCCGCCCUCAAUGAAUAAUUCCGCCACAUCUGUGCCAUUACAUCAGGGGCACAGAAGCUCAGGCCCAUGAACCAAAUUGAGCCUGCUUGGGGUCCCAAUCCAUCCUUCUUAGAACCCCAAGUGGCCACGCCCCCUUCCCUUGGCUCCGCCCAUUCCCCUUUCACCGUUUCACAGCUUUGGGGCAGUAUUUUUUCUGCAUUCUGAAAAGACGUUGAAACAAGGCCUCUGCUAAGGCCCUACUUCCUGGCACCGAGCGCUUGAAGCUGAAAUGUGUCGCUAUUUUGGCCCUACGCCUGAGAGCUUCUCCCAAAUUGAAUCCAGCCCUCAGGCUAGGAGGGGUUUGUCACACCCCGGGAUUGGAUCAUGCAAUAUAAGCCUGUUGCAGAGAGCAGAGAGAAGGUCCCCGUUGCACCUCUGCCUAAACUCCAGGUCUGGUCUUGUUUCUUUCCAAAAAGCCUGGACAGGUAACUCAGCUGUGUCUCUGUUUGAGGUUACAAGCCAAUACACACUUCCCUGGGCGUUAGUCCUAUUAACCUCCCUGGGGCUUACAUCUGAGUAGACGCGUACAGGAUUGCACGGCCAAUCACUCCCAGUGCUGAUGGUCGGAAGAAUGACUCACUCAUGCAGGCAAUUGUUCCAUCUAAUAAAGUGUGCUGUCGUUUUAUUCCUUGACCUGGAAAA